AGGACCUCCUCCUCCACACAGCAGCAGUAAUGGCGGACUACGACAGCUACGAUGAGCGGGACCGGGCCUACGGCAGCUUCGGCAGCAGCAGAGGGCCCCGUGGCGGCAGUGGUCCCGGAGGUCCCAGGAAGCAGAAGGAGUUGCCGUCAGAACCUCCGUUCACAGCGUACGUCGGGAAUCUGCCCUUCAACACGGUUCAGGGCGACAUCGACAUCAUCUUCAAAGAGCUCAACAUCCGCAGCGUCCGAUUGGUCCGAGACAAAGAGACAGACAAGUUCAAAGGUUUCUGUUACGUGGAGUUCGAGGAUCUGGAGUCUCUAAAGGAAGCUCUGACGUAUGACGGCGCUCUUCUGGGCGAUAGGUCACUGAGGGUUGACAUCGCAGAGGGACGAAAGCAAGACCGAGGAGGCACCGGCUUCAGCUUCAGGAAAGAUGAAGGCAGAGGACGAGGAGGUCCCCGAGGAGGAGGAGGACGCGACUCCAGGGAAGACUUCAGCGAGCAGUAUGGAGGAGGUUUCAGGGAUGACGACUACAUGGGGGGGCGGAAUCGAGGCGGCGGCGGUCGCCCCGGCGAGAGACGGGUUGGAGGACCAGGAGCAGGAGGCGGCAUGGGGGGCCGCUUCAGAGACGGGAACCCCCGCGGAGGAUCGACAGACUUCAAGGAGCCGUCUGAAGCGGAGCGUGCACAGCGGCCCAGACUGCAGCUGAAGCCCCGCACCGUCUCCGAGCCGCUCAACCAGGUGGCCAACCCCAACUCCGCCAUCUUCGGCGGGGCCAAACCGCGAGAGGAGACCUCGGACCAGAAGGCGGCGCGAGCUCGCGGCGUCGCCCCCGCGGAGGACGAGCGUUGAGGGGGGCGCUUGAAGUUUGGGGGGUCCGGGCGAGCCACGUUUGAUUUGAGCGCCGCAGGCGGACCGGCUCCAGGUCCGGGUCCCGGUUUUCAGGAUCAGGUCUGUGGCGGGUCGGGCGCUUUUCGCUCUGCGUCGCUUUCACACCUACGUGUUUGUCUUUUCUUUUGUUUUUCUUUUUUUCCUUUUGUCUCAUGUUUCUUAAUGAGCUUCAGAUGAAAGCGUCUCUUUUAAAGUUUCUUUCUUCCACUUGUUUAUGGCAAUAAAAGUGUGGUGAUGGAUUCAGGCGGUCCACUUCAAGUCAAAGAAUAAAGAUGAACGCUCGUUCUGCUCGGCCUCCGUUUGUCUUCGUUUCUCAGCCUGCAACUAAAAACAACCAUUUCCUGUUUCUGUGUAAAAAGGUGUUUUUCUACAUUAAAACGGUAUUUAAAGGGUU